AUGCGGACCACUGGAUCUAAGCCUUCGUUGGAGGAACGGCGGAGAGGCGAGAUUGCCCUCAACAAGUUCGCCGAGUACGCUGAAAAGCAACAGGCCCAGCGAUCGGCACAGUAUUUGCCUAGUGACAGCGGCUACGAAACAGCCAGCGCAGCUCCAAUACCCGAAGACCAUGCCGAAUUAGAUUUUCUCAACCAGCUAGAUCUCACGGAUGCUCCGAAAUUGAUCCAGUUGAAGAAAUCACUCCUGGGCACUGGUAAACAGCCAGACCAUAAUAUCCAAGUCCUGGCCAGCAUCCUAGAAACGCGCAUUGACGAAGGACAUGAUAAGACUCUCUUCAAUCUGGGUCUUGAGGAUGGCGGGGAUUCUAUGUCUUUUGAUCUUCUUAAUAAAACUGAUAUCCAAUACUAUGCAGCAAGUAUUUGGAAAGAACAGAAGCAAAGGUUGAAAUAG